AUGUCGAGUAGAUGCCACCCCAGCCGCGGACGAUGCUCCUAUACCGAUAACGCUUGUUCCGACUCUCUCGAGAAGCCUUCACUUUACGAUCGUGAUUAUCGAGUCAUUCGUCUGGACCACGAGCUCGAGGAUCUCCUGGUACAUGACCCCGAGACCGACAAGGCCAGCGCUGCCCUGGAUGUCAAUGUGGGAAAUUUCAGCGACGAGUCUGAUAUCCCCGGUAUGGCCCAUGCGGUCGAACAUCUUCUUUUCAUGGGCGCAAAGAAAUUCCUAAUUGAAAACGAAUACGGCCAAUACCUCUCCGCCAAUUCAGGAAGCUCCAAUGCUUACACAAGGCCAACAUCGACGAACUACUUUUUUGACAUUUCUGCCAAGCCGGACAAUGAUCAGGAUCCAUCCGAUAACAACCUGUCUCUGCGCGAGGCUCUCGACCGAUUCGCCCAGUUCUUCAUUGAACCCCUUUCUUUCUGA